AAGGGAACACGCCCCUGGCACAUGCUAAGACAUGUCACAUGUCAGCUUAUGCCAGGUGCAACCACUACAGUCCUGAGUCACACGCGUGUGCACACCUCACAGGAGCCAGCAGAGGUGGGGAGCCGGUGGCCUUGGUGGAGGGCACAGAGGGUCCCAGAAGGCUGAUGCAACAGGAGCAGGUCAGCCGUGUGGACAGAGGGCAGACGGAGGGCAGGGUGGCCAGGGGUCAGGCUGCUGUCUCCACACAGGCCCCAGCUGGGUCUGGCCCCCCCACAAUGGGUGGGCAGCUGAGCUCUGUGGGUAGCGUCUACACCCGGCCUGAUGACUCGAGCCUCGAAGACUGGAUGUCAGCUCUGUAUCCUGAGCUCUGGGACCUGCCCCUCCACCAUCUGUCCAUCCCAGGCAACCAUGACACAAUGACCUACUGCCUGAACCGGAAGUCGCCCGUCGCCCCUGACCAGUCCUGGCUGCUGCGGCUCCUGACCAAGCUGCUGCCCUGUGUCACCCGCCCUGUAGUGCUCAAGUGGGCCAUCACCCAGGACCUGGACGUCACAGCGCAGCUGUCCGCAGGGGUGCGGUACCUGGACCUGCGCGUCGCCCACAUGCGGGACGGGACCGACAGGAACCUGCACUUCCUGCACGUGGUGUACACCACCGCCCUCGUGGAGGACACGCUGACAGAGAUCGCAGAGUGGCUGGAGCAGCACCCCAGGGAGGUGGUCAUCUUGGCCUGCAGGAACUUCCAGGGCCUGAGCCAGACUCUGCACGAGUACCUGGUCACCUGCAUCCGCAACAUCUUUGGGGACAUGCUGUGUCCUCGGGGGGAGGUCCCCUCGCUGAGGCAGCUGUGGGCACGGGGCCAGCAGGUGCUGCUGUCUUACGAGGAUGAGGAGACGGUGAGCCGGCACCCCGAGCUCUGGCCGGGGAUCCCCUAUUGGUGGGGCGACAAGGUGAAGCCCCAAGACCUGGUGUGCUACCUGGAGCGGAUGAAGAGCUGCGGGCGCCCAGGGGGACUGUUUGUGGCGGGCACCAACCUGACAGAGACGCUGGAGUACGUGCUGGCCCACCCGGGCCAGUCUCUGCGGUCAGUGACACUGCCCGGCCUGCCCUUCCUGGGCGCCUGGGUGAGGGCGCAGUGCCCGGGGCCAGCCUCCCGCUGCACCAACAUCAUCGCCGGGGACUUCAUCGGGGCCACCAGCUUCGUCAGCGACGUGGUCGGGCUCAACCGUAAGCUGCUGCAGUGCUGACCCCGCACCCGCCCCACGUCUGGGGAGCUGAGCACACCCACCCCCAUCCCGAGAGAGAGACGUGUGUGCACCUGUGCUCUCGGCAGCAUGAUUUAGAACAGCCUGAACCUGGAAGCCAGCCAGGUGCCCAACAACAGACGAGUGGCUGAGCAAGUUGUGGUCUGUAUACACCAUGGAAUACUACUCAGCAGUGAAGAAGGAUGAAGUCGCCUUCUUCACCUCAUGUGGGAUAGAGCUGGAAGGAACCAUGUGAAGUGAGAGCAGCCAGAAAGAGAAGGAUGAAGAUGGGGUGAUCUCACUCACAGACAGAAGGGGAGACAUCAGAACAGAAGGGGAAACACCAAGCAGAACUUGCACUGGGUCUGGUGUCUUGCACCAAAGUAAAGGACUCUGGGGUGAGGGGGGCUUUCAGGUCCUGGGCCCUGAUGGUGGAGGAGGAGCUAGGCUGGAAAGGGGAGUGUUUUGCAGAAAACUGAGAAAUUUUAUACACAUUCGAACAACUGUAUUUACUAUAAACCAUUAAUCUACUCAAAAAUAAAAAAUCCUGAGUCUUG